UGACUAGGUAGCAUCGUUUCGUCGUAUCCUAUCAUUCAAUUAAUAUAAUGCCCACUGUGUAAUACGCGAGUGAGUGUGUGUGAACCAUACCAACUUAAGUGUCGGUUACACCCCUCCCCGCGAACUAUAUAGUCCAGUCAAGGUCAUCAUUCGCCUAUUUGACACCUGUUGUGUUUAUACACUGUACACAACAUAAGUAGAACGUGUCAAUGUAGAAAUGUGUUACAAUAAAAAAUUAAUCAAAUUAGCGGAUUAUUUCCGGUUGUUAUCUGACAUAUCUCAUUAAUGACGGACAACAAAAUAGUAAAAAUGAUUUGCUACAGAAAAAUAGUGUUCACCAAACUAUUGUUAUGCAUUUUCGUGUCUGGUGUGUGGAGCAGAUCAUGGGCUAACCAUCAUGACACGACCACUUCAACAACACAAACCACACCAACCACUAGUCCACUACCAAAAAAUUUUCACAAUGACCCACUCAUUGUUGAGACUAAGAGUGGUCUGGUCAAAGGCUAUGCCAAGACGGUAAUGGGCCGAGAAGUACACAUCUUUACUGGUAUUCCAUUUGCUAAACCUCCGUUAGGACCUUUAAGAUUCCGUAAACCUGUACCAAUUGAACCCUGGCAUGGUGUUCUUGAAGCUACAGCUAUGCCUAAUAGUUGUUACCAAGAAAGGUAUGAAUAUUUUCCUGGUUUCGAGGGAGAAGAGAUGUGGAAUCCUAACACGAACAUAUCAGAAGACUGUUUAUAUUUAAAUAUUUGGGUGCCACAGCACUUACGAGUUCGGCAUCACCAAGAGAAGCCUCUAACAGAAAGGCCAAAGGUGCCGAUUCUAAUAUGGAUAUAUGGCGGAGGUUACAUGAGUGGCACAGCUACACUUGACCUGUAUAAAGCAGACAUAAUGGCUUCUUCCAGUGACGUUAUAGUGGCUUCCAUGCAAUAUAGAGUUGGUGCAUUUGGAUUUUUAUAUUUAAAUAAAUAUUUUUCUCCUGGAAGCGAAGAAGCGCCAGGAAAUAUGGGUUUAUGGGAUCAACAGUUAGCAAUACGAUGGAUUAAAGAUAAUGCUCGUGCAUUUGGUGGUGAUCCAGAUUUAAUUACUUUGUUUGGUGAAUCGGCAGGUGGGGGAAGUAUCAGUUUGCAUAUGCUUUCACCAGAAAUGAAAGGGUUAUUUAAAAGAGGCAUAUUACAGUCUGGAACUUUAAAUGUACCUUGGAGUUGGAUGACAGGAGAGAGAGCACAAGACAUAGGAAAAGUUUUAGUGGAUGAUUGCAAUUGUAAUAGUAGCCUUUUAUCUACUGAUCCAAGUUUAGUUAUGGACUGCAUGCGUGGUGUUGAUGCUAAAACAAUUUCCGUACAACAGUGGAAUUCGUACACCGGCAUAUUAGGAUUUCCGUCCGCUCCAACUAUAGAUGGCGUAUUUUUGCCGAAAGAUCCUGAUACAUUAAUGAAAGAGGGUAAUUUUCAUAAUACCGAAGUACUACUUGGAAGCAAUCAGGAUGAAGGAACUUAUUUCUUACUCUAUGAUUUCCUUGACUAUUUCGAAAAGGAUGGCCCAAGUUUCUUGCAACGAGAAAAGUUUUUGGAAAUCGUCGAUACAAUUUUCAAGGAUUUCUCUAAAAUUAAGAGAGAGGCAAUUGUAUUUCAAUAUACCGACUGGGAAGAAAUCACUGAUGGCUAUUUGAACCAGAAAAUGAUUGCUGAUGUCGUUAGUGAUUACUUUUUCGUGUGCCCUGCCAACUAUUUCGCAGAAGUACUAGCUGACUCCGGAGUCGACGUUUAUUACUAUUAUUUUACUCAUCGCACUAGUACCAGCCUUUGGGGCGAAUGGAUGGGAGUUAUGCAUGGAGAUGAAAUGGAAUAUGUCUUUGGACAUCCAUUGAAUAUGUCCUUACAGUAUCACACAAGAGAACGAGAUUUGGCUGCUCACAUCAUGCAGUCCUUCACCAGAUUUGCUCUUACUGGGUGA